AUGGGGUCAUUUCAGAACUCCUCAGAACCAAUUGCCAUCAUUGGCACCGGAUGCCGUUUUCCUGGAGGCUGCGACAGCCCGUCGAAACUCUGGGAGCUCUUGCGAGCCCCCCGGGACUUGCUCAAAGAGAUUCCUGAAAGCCGGUUCAGUGUCGAUUCUUUCUAUCACCCCGACAAUGCCCACCAUGGCACCAGCAAUGUGCGGCAUUCCUAUUUUCUGGAGGAGGAUUUACGCCAGUUCGAUGUACAGUUCUUUGGGAUAAAGCCGAUCGAGGCAAAUGCGGUGGAUCCUCAGCAACGGCUGCUGCUUGAGACGGUCUAUGAGGGCUUAGAGUCUGCCGGUCUCUCCAUUCAACGUCUACAAGGUUCGGAUACGGCCGUGUAUGUCGGGGUGAUGAGUGCAGACUUUACGGACUUGGUUGGUCGGGAUACAGAGACCUUUCCCACCUACUUUGCCACUGGGACAGCGCGCAGUAUUCUGAGCAAUCGGCUGUCGUACUUUUUCGACUGGCAUGGCCCGUCGCUUACAAUCGAUACUGCCUGUUCGUCGAGUUUGAUUGCCAUGCACCACGCGGUGCAAACUCUUCGCAGUGGAGACUCCUCACUGGCCAUCGUCGCUGGAUCCAACCUGAUUCUUGGCCCCGAGCAGUACAUUGCCGAGAGCAAGCUACAGAUGCUGUCGCCAACUGGUCGCUCCCGCAUGUGGGAUGCCGCAGCCGAUGGAUAUGCGCGUGGUGAAGGUGUGGCCGCAAUCGUGCUAAAGCGAUUGAGUCAGGCUAUUGCAGACGGAGACCACAUCGAAUGUGUGAUCCGGGAGACAGGUGUUAACCAAGAUGGGAAAACCCCUGGAAUCACUAUGCCGAGCGCCACGGCCCAGGCAGCCCUGAUACGAUCCACGUACGCCAAGGCAGGGCUGGAUCUCAGUAAUCGUUCGGACAGGCCACAAUACUUUGAAGCACAUGGAACGGGAACCCCGGCAGGAGAUCCGAUUGAAGCGAGAGCCAUCCAAACUGCCUUUUUUGGCCCGGACCUGAACUUUACUGCUGAUUCAAGGAAGGACACAUUGUUUGUUGGGUCAAUCAAGACCGUUGUCGGCCACACAGAGGGAACAGCUGGCUUGGCCGCCGUCAUCAAGGCCUCUCUGGCACUCCAAUCCGGCACCAUUCCCCCAAAUCGACUACUCGAGCAGUUGAAUCCCGCAAUCAAGCCCUUCUACAACAGCCUCAAAAUCCUUGCGGCCGCCGAGGAUUGGCCGCAGCUGAGCCGUGGGGGCGUGCGGAGGGUCAGUGUCAAUAGCUUCGGCUUUGGUGGUGCAAACUCCCACGCUAUCCUUGAGAGCUACGAGCCAUCUCUCCACUCCCACAAAGGUACCCGCGACAUUAGUUUUAGUCCCUUUACCUUCUCGGCCGCGUCCGAAACUGCCUUGGUGGCCAGCUUGCGUGCAUACCGUGACCUCCUAUCGACCCGAAGCGAUGUCCGCCUGACUGAUCUUGCUUGGACUUUAAAUAGUCGACGCUCGACUCUUGCUUCUCGGGUAGCAAUUGCGGCCUCAGAUAAAGACGAUUUGGUCCUCAAACUUGAUGAUCGCGCUGAGAACUAUGACGGCUCCGACACUUUCAUGGACGCGGGUCACCGGAAGCCCAACGCCAAUGAAUUGCGGAUCCUUGGAGUGUUCACCGGUCAAGGUGCUCAAUGGGCUCGCAUGGGUGCGGAGCUCAUUGAACAAUGCCCCGGAGCGAGCAAAGUUGUUGACGCAUUGGAGCAAAGCCUGAGGAGCCUUCCACCGCAGGAUCGACCGACUUGGUCCCUACGUGAGCAGCUCCUCGCUCCGCCAUCCUCCUCAAUGGUCAGCACGGCGUCAAUAUCACAACCGCUUUGCACUGCCAUACAGAUAAUGUUGGUGGAUAUGUUACGUGAGGCCGGUAUUCAAUUUUCCGCUGUUGUUGGACAUUCCUCAGGAGAGAUUGGUGCUGCAUAUGCUGCCGGUUGCCUAUCAGCAAAAGACGCCAUCCGGGUGGCAUAUUAUCGCGGUGUACAUCUGAAGUCCGCGCUCCAGAAAGGGUCUAUGCUCGCGGUAGGAACGACUUUCGAAGAUGCACAGGACCUCUGCAAUCUGCCUACAUUUGAAGACCGGUUGUGUGUGGCGGCUAGCAACUCACCCUCCAGUGUGACAAUCUCUGGAGACUCCGACGCGAUCGAGGAGAUCAAGGUCGUUUUUGAUGAAGAAAAGAAGUUCACACGGCUGCUGAAGGUUGAUCGAGCAUACCACUCGCAUCACAUGCAGGACUGCGUGGAGCCAUAUGUCCGAUCUCUGCGGCAAUGCUCCGUCACCUUCCGGCCCCCGAACCGCAAUCAAUGUGUCUGGAUCUCGAGUGUCUUCGUCCAGGAUAUUCACCAACUCUCGGAAGAUGGUAGUGAUCGCUACUGGGGUAGUAACCUGGCAAGGCCGGUCAUGUUUGCCGAGGCUUUGCAGCUUCUGCUCUCCCUCGAAGGAUCCUUCGACCUUGCUGUCGAAGUUGGGCCGCAUCCCGCCCUCAAAGGGCCUGCGAGUCAAACGAUCCAAGAUGCCCUUGGUUACUCCAUCCCGUACACCGGAGUCCUAUCCAGAGGAAACAGCGACGUUGAGGCGUUCGCGGCCGCUCUCGGCUCCAUCUGGACCGCUUUUGGAGACGGGGCAGUGGAUUUCUCCCGAUUGCAAAAAUUCACUUCUGGAUCGGCUGCGCAGCCGCAGCUUCUCAAAGGGCUUCCCACUUAUCAAUGGGAUCAUAAUCGCGUGUUCUGGCAUGAAUCACGUGUAUCAAAGGCUUUUCGGACCCGUAAAGACGUCCCAAAUGAGCUCCUUGGCCGGCAGGUUCUCGAUGGUGCCCCAAACCAGCUACGCUGGCGGAACAUCUUGCGACCAAGAGAAAUUGCAUGGUUGGAGGGCCACCAGGUGCAAGGUCAAAUGGUAUUCCCUUGUGCUGGGUAUGUUUCGGCGUGUGCUGAAGCCAGCAUGCGACUAGCUGUAGGACAGAAUGUUGAGUCCAUUGAGCUGGAGGAGUUCGUCGUCGGCCAGGCCAUUGUCUUCAAUGAUAGCAACUCCGAGGUCGAAACUCUGGCCACUCUGACUGAAGUUGUGCAUCGUCAACAGACGAUUUCCGCGAACUUUGCAUUCUACUCAUGCCCGACAGGUGGUGAGAGCCUUGAACUGGUACGCAAUGCAAGCUGCCGAUUGCGUAUCACCGUCGGCGACAGCGCGGUAGACCUACUGCAGCCGCAGGCAGAAGCCGACUUUGCGCUGUUAGAGGUCGAAUCAGAUCGGUUUUACAAUGCACUGGGGCAGUUAGGCUUUGGAUACACUGGCCCGUUCCGCUCCUUGACGGCCUUGAAGCGUAAGCUUGGCAUAGCCCGCGGCUUGAUUGAGAAUGCACCCCCCUCUUUCAAUCAUUCACAGCCUCUCCUCAUACAUCCAGCCACUCUGGAUGCAGCCAUCCAAUCCAUCAUGUUGGCAUAUUGCUAUCCCGGGGACAGCAUGCUGCGUGCCAUUCACCUCCCAACGGGCAUUGAGAAAUUGACUCUGAAUCCUGUCAACUGCUUGAAGUUUGCUGGUCAAUCCGUUCAGGUUCCUUUCGACUCAAGCGCGUCGACUGGCAGCGGCCGUAGUCUGCAAGGCGAUGUCAGCAUUUAUAGCCUCGACGGCUCUCGGGCUGUACAGUUGGAGGGGCUUCAGACACAGCCCCUGUCAUCUCCAACGGAGGCCAGCGAUUUGAACAUUUUCACCGAAUUGGUCUGGGGUGUUGACAGACCCGACUGCGAGGAGAUCCUUCGCACGACAGUCGUCGAGGACUUUGACGCCGAACUACUUUUCUCGCUCGAACGUGUAGCCUACUUUUACCUCAGGUCACUCGGUGAAGCGGUUCCCGAGAGAGAGAGGAAUGGACUGGAAUGGCAUCACAAACGACUAUUCGCGUACGUCGACCAUGUCCUCUCGCGGGUGGCAAGAGGGGUGAACCGAUUUGCGCGACCCGAGUGGGCAGCGGACUCGAAGAACGACAUUUUAAAGAUCCUUCAGAAGUACCCCGACAACAUUGACCUGCGACUCAUGAGAGCCGUGGGCGAAAACCUUCCAGCUGUCGUCCGAGGCCAACUGACAAUGUUGGAGCCGAUGAUACAGGAUAACAUGUUGAACGACUUCUAUGUGAUUGCCCACGGGAUGCCUCGCUACACCAAGUACUUGGCGGCGAUGGCGAGCCAGAUCAGCCAUCGUUAUCCGCAUAUGAACGUUCUUGAGAUUGGUGCAGGUACAGGCGGCGCCACCAAGUCCUUCCUCAAGGAGCUAGGAGAAGGAUUUUCUACUUACACCUUCACUGAUAUCUCCAGCGGCUUCUUCGAGAAGGCAUCGCAGGUGUUCGCUUCCUACAGCGCCAAGAUGAACUUCAAGGUACUCGACAUUGAGAAAGACAUUGAGUCUCAAGGCUUCGCACCUGAGUCCUUCGAUCUGAUUAUUGCGUCUCUUGUGCUGCAUGCAACUAGGGAUCUUGCGCAAACCGUGCGAAAUGUCCGCCGGCUACUCAAACCCGGUGGCUAUCUAUUGCUUCUCGAAAUCACCGAGAACGAACAGAUGAGAUUUGGACUCAUCUUCGGGGGUCUUCCAGGCUGGUGGCUGGGGUAUGAAGAUGGUCGCCCCUUUUCUCCAUGCGUCGAUAUCGAAGAGUGGUCCAGAGUACUUGAACAAAAUGGUUUUUCGGGUAUAGAAACUGCGAUCCCGCAUCAUGAUACCCUGCCAGCGCCUCUGUCGGUUAUUGUCUCCCAGGCAGUGAACGAGAAAGUUCAAUUCCUCCACAAUCCCCUCGACUCGAUUCGCGGGUCAACAGUCAUUCCCCGACUCACGAUCAUUGGUGGGGGUGGCCGAAGAAGCGCCCAACUCAUCGACGCGGUUUCUAGUCUGGUUCAGCCACAGUGUGGACAGCUCAGGGUGGUUGACUCGUUGCAGAAGAUCUGCUCGGAGGUCCUUCCGGUAGGCGGCAGCGUACUCUCUUUGACCGAUUUCGACGAGCCCGUUUUCAAGUCUAUGGACGCGGACAAACUGCGCGGGUUCCAAGAGAUCUUUAAACAAUCAAAGAAUGUCCUGUGGGUUACUCAGGGAUCCCGGUCGGGCGAUCCGUAUGCUCGAAUGGUUGUUGGCUUCGGUCGAACCAUUGUGCUGGAGAUGCUGCAUCUCCGCCUGCAGUUCCUUGACGUUUCGCCUUCUUCCAGCCCAGACGCAUCUGCCAUUGCUGAGGCGAUGCUCCGCUUGGAAGUAAGUGGGAGCUGGGAAGAUGAAGGAGCAGAGGAUGGCGCCGUCCUACAUUCUGUCGAGCCGGAGCUUUCUAUAUCUGAUGGAAGGUGCUGGGUACCCCGAUUCAAGCCGAACAAGGAGCAAAAUGAGCGGUACAACUCUGUGAGACGGAGCAUCGAAACUGAACAGAGUUUCUCGGAUACCUGUGUUGAGCUAGUCUAUCGUGACAACAGCUUGUCUCUCCUAGAGGUUACCCAUUCGUCAUCCGAACCUUUAGCGGAGCCUUCCACGAAGUAUCUGGAACUGGAUGUCAACUAUUCCGUCAGCAAGGCAGUUGAAGUUGUUCCGGGAUGCUACCUGUUCUUGAUCCUUGGUAGGGAUACAGAUACCGGAGAUCGUUUCAUCGCCCUAUCCCCCAAACAGAGUUCUCGUGUGCGAAUCCCGAGAGCACUUGUAUUGCCUCAACAUACGAGUCAUGGAACCAUCAAUGAGAACUCCUUAGAUGCAUUCUUCCAUGAGAUCGUUGCCCGGUCCAUACUACGAGAUGUGCCAUAUGGGAGUGCUGCCAUUGCGCUACAGCCAAAUUCUCUCCUUGCUGAUGCUCUUCGGGAAGCUGCUCAGGACAAAGGUGUCACCCUCCACCUGUGGUCGACACAGGCCAGUGAUCUUGAAUCGGAAUGGACAUAUAUUCACCGAAAGGCAUCAAAGACGGAGGUCCAGAAUGCCAUACCCCGGAACGUUACCUGCUUCUUUGACAUGGGUGGCGAUGAGUCCAUUGCUACCAAGAUCCUGGCCUGCCUUCCAGACCACACGCAGGCAAAGAAAGAAGCCAGUAUCACGGCCCAUGAAGCUCACCUAAUACCAACCGUACUGCCUGAUAUCCGUUCACUCCUCAUGGAUAUUGGCCGAGCGAUGAGAACUCGGGGAAAGUCGAGCUCGCCGGAUUUGAGGAUUGUCGAUCUAACCGACAUUGUCAAAGGACAAGCAGACUCAGAAACAUCUAUCAUCAACUGGCUCGAGAGCUCUUCGCGUGUUCCAGUGGCCGUGGAGCCCAUUGAGGCCAGGGUGCAAUUCCGGAGUGACAGAACGUAUUGGCUGGUCGGGCUCACAGGAGGACUUGGCCUCUCCUUGUGCGAGUGGAUGGCACAGCAGGGGGCGCGAUAUAUUGUCCUCUCCAGUCGUAGCCCUAAAGUUGAUGGGCGAUGGCUGGCAAAGAUGAACAGGAUGGGUGUCACCGUCGAAGUUGUGGCUAAUGACAUCUCCAAUCGUGACUCCGUUCAGCGUGUAUACAACAAGAUCCGCACGGAACUACCCCCCAUAUCGGGUGUGGCCCAAGGAGCAAUGGUCCUCCACGACACCAUGUUCCUGGAUUUGGAUAUGGAGCGGAUGAACAAGGUUCUUCGGCCCAAGGUCGAUGGAAGCACCUACUUGGAAGAAAUAUUCCAUGACACUGAACUGGAAUUCUUUGUUUUCUUCUCCUCGAUGGCCGCAGUGACUGGCAAUCCCGGUCAAUCAGCGUACGCCGCAGCAAACAUGUUCAUGGCAAGCCUGGCCAACCAACGUCGUCAACGUGGACUGAACGCAUCCGCUGUGCAUAUUGGUGCCAUCUUUGGAAAUGGCUAUGUGACUCGAGAACUGACUCUGGUCCAGCAGGAAUUCUUACGGAAGGUCGGUAACCUCUGGCUGUCCGAGCACGACUUCCGACGACUCUUCGCAGAAGCCGUAUAUGCCGGGAGACAUCACCGGGGACGCAGCCCGGAAUUGUCCACUGGCUUGAAGAUCCUGGAAAGUGACGAGUCAGAGUCAAUUACGUGGUUCAAUAACCCAGUGUUUCAGCACUGUAUCAAGCAAUCUGGAAGAGUCGACCUUAUUUCGGAGACGUCCACGUCUGCGGCGCCGGUCAAAGUGCGUCUUGCGGAAGCUUCCAGUUCUGCAGACAUCUACGAUAUCAUCUCCGACGCCUUUGUGACGAAGCUCAAGACCAGCUUGCAGGUUGAGGGCGAUCGGCCGAUUGUUGAUCUCACGGCUGACACGUUGGGAAUUGACUCGCUGGUGGCAGUGGAUAUCCGGUCGUGGUUUAUCAAGGAAUUACAGGUGGAAAUACCUGUCCUCAAGAUCUUGAGCGGAGCAACAGUCGGCGAGAUGGUGACUCAGGCCCAGGAACUGCUUCCCAAGGAGUUGACCCCGAACCUGGAUCCCAACGCGGAGGCAAAGCCGUCGAAGCCCAAAAACACCGUCCAACCUAAGCAGCAGACGAAGAAAACAAUUCAGUUACAGAAUGUAGCGAAGGCUCCUCAACCAGCCCUGUCUCAGCAAGUAUCCUCCGGUGUGCAGAACAUGAUCAAGACCAAUCCGCCCAAAGAAGCGGAGGCAAAGCAGCCUCGGCCUGAAGUGAAACAGGCUGCACCAAAGGAUAGCCAAUAUCCAACAGCACUUGAGACUCCAUCAAAGUUGCAAGACCCCUCACGGAACAUUGUUGUGGCUAAGGAUUUGGCCGCAGAGGAGAAGCAUCUCACCGAUCAGGAACCCGUCCCUUCAAACAUGUCAUCAUCCUCGUGGUCCGAGAUUGAUGAAUCCGAAGGAAAGGUAGAAACAUCAUCCUCAAGCUCAUCCACCAGUGCCAGCCAAAUCAUUACAAAGACCAAACCGGUGGAGGUCAAGAAGAGUGUUCCUAUGGCGUUUGGUCAGUCGAGGUUUUGGUUCUUGAGACACUACCUGGAGGACCCAUCGUCUUUCAACAUUACAGUUUCGAUUCAACUGGAUGGUCCUUUGAAGAUCGAUCACUUUGCGCGUGCUGUUCAAGUCGUCGGACAGCGUCAUGAAGCUCUAAGAACCCGCUUCGUCACGGAUGAAGCCCAAGGUACCACGAAGCAGGAGGUCCUGGCCCUUUCCAAUCUCACUCUAGAGGAACGGACUAUCUCGACCGACGAGGAAGCGGAAGGCGUCUACCAAGAGUUGAAAGGUUAUGCAUUCGACUUGGAAAAAGGAGAAAACAUACGGAUCAUUCUCCUCAAGAGGUCGAACCGCUCGUUUACGCUCAUCAUUGCUUACCACCAUAUCAAUAUGGAUGGCGUGAGCUUGGAGGUGCUCCUUCGGGACCUACAGAUGGCCUAUGAUUCGAAAUUCCUUAGCCCUCGGAUUCUUCAAUAUGCCGACUUCUCGGAGCAGCAACGGCGGGACUACCAGUCUGGAAAGUGGGCUGAAGAUCUGGCAUUCUGGAAGAAGGAAUUCCAGACGAUGCCAGGCCCCUUACCCUUGCUUUCCAUGGCUCGAACUUCAACCCGAUCCCCGUUGACGGCCUAUAAGACUCACAGUGCGGAAUUCCACAUCGAUCCUGCAACUCUGGACACCAUUCAAAGCACAUGUCAACGGAUGAAAGUGACUCCUUUCCAUUUCCAUCUGGCUGUGUUUUACACUAUGCUGAUCCGACUUGUCGAUGUCGAGAAUCUUUGCAUUGGGAUCAGCUCCGCCAACCGCUCCCAGCAGGACACGCUACAAAGCGUCGGCUUGUACCUUAAUCUUCUGCCAUUGAACUUCACGCCUCAGUUGGAUCAGACAUUCACCAACGUGUUGCAUAUCGUGCGAGAAAAGUCCGUUCAAGCUUUUGCCCACUCAAAAGUGCCAUUUGAUGUCAUCGUGAACGAGCUGGGAGCUGCACGGUCUGCUACUCACAGCCCUCUGUUCCAGGUUCUCGUCAACUAUCGAGCAGGGGUCUCCGAGCGUCGGUCUUUCUGCAACUGUGACAGUAAGGUCCUUACCUUUGAACAAGGCCAGACGCCCUAUGAUUUGAGUUUGGAUGUGAUUGAUAACCCUGGUGGCGACUGCCAUGUCAUUAUGGCUGGUCAAUCAGUCCUUUAUGGCGCAGAGCAUGUCGCUGUCCUCAGAGGAGUAUAUCAAAAUCUUCUGGUUGCAUUUUCCCGCAAUCCUGCUCUCAGACUCAAUGUCCCGCCCCUAUAUGAUACCGAUGAAGUGAAGCAUGCCAUUAAACUUGGACACGGUCCCGCAUAUAACUAUCAGUGGCCAGCCACGAUCCCUGAACGCAUUGAUGAAAUUGUGGAGCGCUACCCUACUCAUGUGGCACUCAUUGACGGGGAUGGACGCAAGAUGUCGUACACAGAAAUGGCCCGACGAGUGAAUACCCUUGCCGUAGUCCUUCUGAGGCAGGAUAUUGGACAAGGUAGCAAGGUCGGCGUCUUCAUGGAGCCAGGCUCCAGUUGGAUCUGCUCUCUUCUCGCUAUUCUUCGCUUGGAUGCCAUUUACAUCCCUCUGGACAGUCGGAUGGGACUAGAUCGCCUGUCAACAAUUGUGCGAGAUUGCAAGCCCGACUUGCUCCUGGUGGAUAAUACCACUUUGUCGAACGUUGCCCUGCUAGGGCUUUCUUGUCCUACACUGAAUGUCGAUGUUGUUUCCCCCGGUUCGGACCAGCAACACGUCCCAAACACUGCGCAGCCCAGCUCCACCGCAGUGAUCAUGUACACCAGUGGCUCUACUGGUGUGCCCAAAGGAAUUGUCAUGCAGCACCAUACAUUCCGGAACAACAUCGAAACCUCAACGGAAAAGUGGGACUUCCGCGAGGGACGUGAAACAACGCUUCAGCAAAGCUCUUACAGUUUUGACAUGUCUCUGUCUCAGACGUUUCUGACUCUGUCGAACGGAGGUACAUUGCGGAUCGUGCCGAAGAAGCUUCGAGGUGACCCCAAGGCUAUAGCCUCGUUGAUUACUGCCGAGGGGAUUACAUUUACAGAAACUACCCCAUCGGAGUACAUAAGCUGGCUUCGCUAUGGCGAUGUGGAUGACCUUCGCAAAUCAAAAUGGCGUAUCGCCGUUAGCGGGGGGGAGACGAUCACCACAAAUCUGACGGGUCUUCUUCGACAGCUGGAGAAAUCAGACUUGAGAUUAAUUGACUGCUAUGGACCUACGGAAAUCACCUUUUGCUCGCACGGGAGGGAAGUCCAGUACGACGGUGAGGGGGACAUCUUGAGCCCGGCGUUCCGGACCUGGCCCAACUACUCGGUCUACAUUGUGGACAGUCACAUGAAGCCUGUGCCCAUUGGCAUCCCUGGAGAGAUCCUGAUAGGUGGCGCCGGGGUGGUUGCUGGGUACGUUCACAGUGAGCUCGAUGCCCGUGGGUUUGCCAGGAACAAUUUCAUGAACACGAUGUUUCUUGAGAACGCAUGGACCAGAUUGCAUCGCACGGGAGACUUUGGUCGGCUUGAUCAGGAAGGGAACCUGAUUCUGGGCGGACGUAUCGCCGGUGAUACCCAGGUCAAGCUCCGGGGCAUCCGAAUCGAUCUGCAGGAGAUCGAAUCUGCGAUUCUCAGCAGUGGGGAUGGAAAGAUCGUCGACGCUGCUGUCACGGUACGGGAGUCCGCAGACAGUGGCUCGGAGUACUUGAUGGCUUUCGUCACGACCCUAGAUGCAGGCGAUUUGUCGCUUGAACGUAUACGUCAAGAGCUUCCAUUGCCACAACAUAUGCGCCCAGCCAACAUCAUCACGCUCGAUCAGCUGCCCAUGACGGCCUCCAAUAAGGUCGACCGUCUCGCGCUCAAGUCACUACCUCUUCCACCCGGGUCGCAUGUUGCAGACACAGGCACCGAUGAGUCUCCAUCCAUGGCCAAAAUGAGGGACGUUUGGGCGACUGUCAUCCCGCAAGAAGUCCUAGCUCAUUUCGAACUUGGUCCUGCUUCCAAUUUCUUCCAGGUGGGCGGAGACUCGAUGCUUCUUGUGCGUCUGCAAACCGAAAUCAACAAGGUCUUUGGCACCAGCAUUUCGCUUUUCCAGCUCUUUGAUGCAAGCUCGCUUACGGGUAUGGUUUCCCUGAUUGACCACUCGGAGUCGACGUCUCAGAGAUCGGAAGUCGAUUGGGAGACCGAAACUACGAUUUCCCCCAGCUUACUGCAGGUCCCAGCCACGAAGCGGUUCUUCGCCCAUCCGGCGGUUGUUGUCUUGACGGGUGCGACGGGCUUCCUGGGUCGUGCAAUUGUCAACCGCCUCCUGAAGGAUUGCAGUGUGCAGAAGAUCCACUGUGUUGCUGUCCGUCGCGACCCAAGCAGCCUUCCGGACGAUUUCAAGUCACCGAAAGUUGUCCUCCACCGAGGCGAUUUGACCCUGCCGCAACUUGGACUCACCGACAGAGCUGCCACCGAGAUCUUUGCUGAAGCCGACGCAGUCAUCCACAAUGGAGCGGAUGUGUCAUUCAUGAAAACUUACCAGAGUCUCAAACAGGCGAAUCUUGAAGCCACCAAAGAACUGGUUCGCUUGUCGGCUCCUCAUCGCCUCUCCUUCCAUUACAUCUCCAGUGCAAGCGUCACCCGUCUAGCCGGCCAGGAGUCAUUUGAUCAAAGCUCCGUCAGUGCGUUCCCCCCAUCGGCUGAAGAUGGUUAUGUCGCAUCCAAGUGGGCCAGCGAGCGCUACCUCGAGAAAGUCAGCGAUCAAUGCGGUCUCCCUAUCUGGAUCCAUCGUCCAUCGUCCAUUGUUGGAGAAGGUGCCCCUGACACCGACAUGAUGGCGAGCCUCCUAGGCUAUUCUCGAACCUUGCGGGCUAUCCCACAGACCGACGGAUGGACAGGCUGGCUGGACUUUGUAUCGGCAGAUCGGGUGGCCAUGCAGAUCGCAGAUGAGGUCUACGAGGACUAUUCCUGGCCAGGCACCGUCAAGUAUCUGUAUGAGGCGGGGGAUCGCGAGAUCCCUCUUUCGGAUCUUAGGGGCGUUUUAGAACGGGAGACGGGCGAGUCUUUCGAGAGCAUCCCGCUCGAGGAAUGGGUGUUGCGCGCAGAAGGACAGGGGCUGCAUCCUCUGCUUGGAGAGUAUCUCCGUCGCGUCUCUGGCAUUCCUCUCGUCCUUCCGCGGCUCGUGCAGCAAGGGAGCUUUUUCUAG